UAAUAUGAGGGAGUGUGACACUAGGCGAUUUCGUUGCAUCUGACACGUUUUUGUGUUUUUUUUUUAAUAUUAAAAAUCACCAAGUCAGUCCAUGGUGUUCAGGUCCCAGUUCGAGCUGUAUAGCGCCCUUCCCCUUCUACCAAACUCAGCCGAGCGCGCUUUUCUCCUCUUAGCCAGCUCCCGGCCCCAAGAAGAGUUGUCAAUGUUCCAGCUACCGACCAUCAAUUUCACUCCGGAGCAAGUGGCCAGCGUCUGUGAGACGCUGGAGGAGACGGGCGACAUCGAGAGAUUGGGACGCUUUCUCUGGUCUUUACCUGUGGCGCCGGGGGCAUGCGAGGCGAUCAACAAGCACGAAUCGAUCCUCCGAGCCCGGGCGGUCGUGGCCUUCCACACGGGCAACUUCCGAGACUUGUACCACAUCCUGGAGAACCACAAGUUCACCAAGGAGUCCCACGGCAAGCUGCAGGCGAUGUGGCUCGAAGCGCACUACCAGGAGGCCGAGAAGUUGAGGGGUCGUCCUCUGGGGCCAGUCGACAAGUACCGUGUCCGCAAGAAGUUCCCCCUGCCCAGGACCAUCUGGGACGGCGAGCAAAAAACGCACUGUUUCAAGGAGAGGACGCGCAGCUUGUUGCGAGAGUGGUACUUGCAGGACCCAUACCCAAACCCUUCCAAAAAAAGGGAACUGGCCCAGGCAACCGGUCUGACCCCGACACAAGUGGGGAAUUGGUUUAAAAACCGCAGGCAGAGAGACAGAGCGGCGGCCGCCAAAAACAGGCUGCAACAUCAGGCAGUGGGACAGAGCGGGGUUUGUACGCUUUCGGAGCCGGGCUGCCCUGCUCACAGCGCGGCGGAAUCUCCGUCCACAGCCGCCAGCCCUACUACCAGCGUGUCAAGCAUGACAGAGCGAGCCGAGACGGCCACGUCCAUUCUCUCGGUAACCUCUAGCGACAGUGAAUGUGAUGUAUGAUACAAAAACAAAACAAACUCUUAAAGCAUUCACGAAGGACUAUGGACCUGAGAUUUAAACAAAAAAAAAGACAUUUAAUGAACAUUUUUAAGAAAAAGAGACAAACAAAAAAAACACAUUCGAGAAGGAAAAAAGUGACAGUUUAAAAAAAAACAAAUCUAAGGCAAGCACGUCUGAUCCAGCGCUUUCCAUGGAGCCACCCGACUUGCAUGAUGUAUUUUAUAUCUGGGAAAGUAAUAAUCUACGUUAAUAUUUUUUACAAGGAUCUACAAGGAAGAGGGAAUGAGAGAAUCUUCGUCGCCUUUGUUGCUCUCGAUAGUCCGAGUGCUGGUCAGACCCCCGAAGCCAGGCUGAGAAUCGUUUUUCUGUUCCGCAGACAAUCAUUUUUCGUAAGCACCUUUUUCUACACUUCUGUUACUGCCUGUGUGGGUACUGGUUAUGUGGAAGAAUAGUUAUGACUGUAACAGAUUUUUAUUUUUUAUUUCAAAAUUUUAUAUGAAUUAUGUAUAUCUAAUGACGCGAUCAUUCUCCCAGUUUGUAAUAUAUGUGUAGAAAUGCCUGUAUAUGAUAUUGCUUUUUUUUUUCUCUUUCUUUCUGUCUCGAUUACAGACUCAGUGUUCUUGCAUAUUGUGUCAAACGUCUGACGAAAGUACUAGGUUCUUAAGAAAGUGGGGAGGGUGGGGCGAUAUCCAACUAGAUAAAUCUAGUGCGAUGUAAUUUUAUGCAAAGUGCUAUUUUGAGUAUCUUCAGCAACCACGAAGUUCUAUUAUAUCUCCCGAGUUUAUGUAGGGCGCUUACUAGUCACUGUUUCU